AAAACAUUUCAAGAACUGCUAUGCUCCCCCGCUUUGGGAGGUGCAUUAAAACAACUAGCAAUAUUUUCCUCAGCAGUCAACAUUCUCCUCUCCAUCACAGCAUUUUUUGGCAAUUCUCUCAUCCUUGUUGCCCUUCACAAGGAAUCUUCCCUUCAUCCACCGUCCAAACUCUUAUACCGUUGUCUUGUUACAACUGAUCUUUUAGCAGGCCUCCUUGCGCAUCCUCUUGUUGCUUCUCUCUGGAUAUCCGUGGUUCAUGAACACUGGAGUAUUUGUCGAUUCAUACUCGGUGCAAGCUUCAUAACAUCUUAUGUAUUAUAUUCAGUGUCUUUAAUGACGACGACGGCCAUAAGCGUGGACAGACUUCUCGCCUUGUUGUUAGGGCUGAGAUACAAACAAAUUGUGAAUUUAAAGCGCAUUUAUGUGGCUCUAGCGCUUUUUUGGGUUGUCCCCGGUAUCGACACCCUAUUCUUUGUGUUUGUUCCCACUAUACCCCCUUGGUUGGGUCCUAUCAUCAUACCGUCUUGCUUAGUAAUCUCAGUCGCUUCGUAUAUUAAGAUUUUCCGCACUCUCAGUCGUCACCGGGCUCAAGUACAAAAGCAUGUUCAACAACAGCCGAGCCAACCAAACGCACUGAACAUGGCACGAUGCAAAAAGGCAAUGUACAGUGCACUGUGGGUGCAGUUAGCAUUAGUUGUCUGUUGUGUACCAUUGAGUAUAGUUGUGCUGGUAAUAACUAAUACUAAGACAUACUCACCACUUUUAAUGGUUAUUAGAGAAAUAGCAAUUACUUUUGCUUACUUAAAUUCCACUUUGAACCCGUUCCUUUACUGCUGGAAGAUCCAUGAAGUGAGACGAGCUGUAAAGCAGAUAAUCAGACAAGUGAUGUGUUGUCCAUGGAUUUAGAUUCUCUUUGAGCUGUGCUCGUACAUUUCAAUCCAAAACAAACUUAUAGAGUUAUGGCUGCUCCAAGUCAAUGCUUCUCGAAUACGUCCCUAGAUAGUAAUAGAUAUGAAGCUUGAAAACAUCGUCGCUCGAGCGUUUGUUGGUAUUUUAUGAUUUACGUAAACAACUUAAGGGCAAGGAGUCGAGGCACUGACGAUACCUUAAUAAAAUUAUAUUUAUAUAUUUCCUGCAACAACAUUUACCGUGUACCAAGAAAAAAAAAAGAAAAGAAAGAGAAAGACAUACAGCGUUAUCAUCAGACUCAUGUAUAAGAUCAUGUUCAGCAACAGCCGGCCCAACCACAGGCACUGAACAUGGUGCGAUACAAAAAGGCAGUGUACACUCCACUGUGAGUAUAGUUAGUGUUACUUGCUUGUUAUGUACCACUUAGUGCGGUGGGAGAUGUGUUGGCUCAUAGACAAGCAAAUUUAUCUCAUUUAGUUGCCGCCCUAGGAAUAGUAAACGCCCUAGUUUAUUUCAACUCGACGUUAAACCCGUUCCUAUAUUGCUGGAAGAUUAGUGAAGUGAGACAAGCUGUGAAGCUGACAAUCAGGCAAGCAAUUUGCUGUUUAUGGAGUUAAUAAGAUCUUCCGUUAAGCUCUUAUUAGUCUUAUCAAAUUAUUCAAAAGGAAGAAAUAAGGAGCUUAAUUACAUUAAUCAUUAAGUCGCGUCACAAACUGUUUUGAUAAUAUUAUUCUUAUAUUGCCCAAGAAAAACCAAAAGUCGAGGAAUCUAAACAUUGAUGACAUCCUAAGUAUAGUGACACUGUGACGAUUUAAUCUUUAAUUACUGGGCUUCCUGUGUAGUUUAGGCCCGCGCACAUGUCAGCGGAGUUUUUGAUCCGCACAUGUCAGAGGACUUUUUUUUGAUACUACUAUCUUUAUUGAUGUUGCUGGGGUGAAGUCUUAUAUGGAUAGUCUCUUUGACCCUUCGCGUGUACCAGUGGGGGUCACGAUCAAUAAACUUAACCUUGCUCCAAAUAGUAAUAUGCCCCGUUUCUUUAGGGCGCUCCGAAACCGCAGAGGUUUGAGUACGAGCAAACCGUAUCUCUCUGUCAUGUUCUUGUAUCCUUUUCGCAUCGAUCUCCCUGUUUCACCGAUAUACACUUUGCUGCAUUCACAUGGGAUCUUGUAAACCGGGCCGUCUUGUUUCUUUAGAACAAAUUAGUUAGAAUCAAUUAGUUGAAUGAAAAGCGUUCUUUGACUCGGUGGGGAUUACCUCUUCGGAAAGCUGUUUCCCAAACAGCGGCUGCGAAACUCUAGAACAAAAAUUUAUCUUUCAAAUCGGCACUCUUAGUUGUUAUUCUCCCCCUCCGUCGCAGCACCACAAUUGCUUAAGAAACGAACCCCUUUAUUUUAAAAUAAUUAAGUUGAACAUUAUAAUUAAAAAGAAAAAAGUUACAGCUAUUUUUUCUCAGUUUCGUCUCGGACUGGAAUUGGACACGAAACAAGAUACACCGCCAAUAAAAAAAUCAUCUCAUGCAAGUUAUUUUUCACUCUUAAAUUUCUCUCUUCCUUUCCCUUGCAAAUUUUCCUGGAUAAUAACAAGCAAAAGUCAGCUAAUCAAGCAUAGCUAGAUCCAAUUUCUUCUCCUAUCAAGCAAGCUUUCGAGUAUAAAGCAGGUGAUUUGACUUCUUCUUGCAGCGACUCUCGUUUGUCAUCAACGAUUAUCCUCUGAUCACAAUUAAAGUUGCACUCGAAUAAUGAAGUGAACAAACUGAUUCCUAAAUCGAGAUCGGAGAUAAAGGGAUGAAUACUGAAAAAAAACCAUUAACACUCGAUUGGAAAUCUGUUUUAUUCUAUGUUUUUUUACUCGGGAACCUAUAGUUACUCUCGGCUAAGCGUAGAGCAAGUCUUACACAUCUUUUAUGUUCCCUAAACCUUUAGCUUGCUUCAUGUCUUCACGACGGCACGCUGAGGCAGGAACCAAUCUUAAAGUUUACACUGUCAAAAGUGAAUGAAAAGCGCUCGUUGAUAACGUAGGGACUAAGAGUGCCGAUUUGAAAGAUAAAUUUUUGUUCUAGAGUUUUGCGGCUUUCCGAACCGCCUAGAUGAAGGGGAAGGCCGCAAACUGCCAUACGCUGCUUCUCAGUCUCGGUUUCAGAAUUUCCCACACGCAGAGAAAAAGGUGAAAACUUAAUUAUUAGCGCUCAUAAAAAGACAGGUUGUUUAAGAACUGAUUUAAAAAGUUUUCUCAUCUUAUUGUCAGAUGAAAUAUAAUCGAUAUCCAUAAAUGUUUACCAUGUUCAUUAACUCCGUAUUUUAAUUAACUUUUAUUUUACAGUUGGCAGGCGCAAACAUAUUAAUGGCAUUAAUGUUUGUUAACUGAGCUGCAGUCGCUACUCUGAAUAAACCGAGACAUCAAAUAUAUUGACGUAAAAUCUAGGGUAAGGGAAUUGGUUCUCAGUCUUCGCCAGAUUCCAACCAACCAAUCAACUUUAGUAAAACUUUCACUUUUCUCGUUUCAGUCAUUUCCCGAGGUUUCACUGAAGUCCAGAAUUUCCCAACACAGAGGGAGAAGAUAAAUAUUUAAUUAUCAGUGCUCAAAAAUGACAGGUUAUUUACAUAAACUGCUUAUUUAUCGGCAUCGAAAACAUGAUUAAAAAUAAUUUUGUUAUGGUAUUGUCAAAUUAGAACAAAUUCAAUCCGUUUCUAUUUUUAACACGCAAAUUAACUCUAUGGAUAAUUUGUUAUUAUCCUAAGCUUUACGGUUUGGUAAAUGGUGAAAUUGGAUCACAGUUUUCAAAAGAUUUUUUAAUUUGCUUGUUUUUAUAUCUGUUAAAUUAAAGGUGUUUGGCGGCGUAAUAUCGUGUAUCUGCUAUUAUUCGUCUCAAAUUCAAGUCGGAUGCUAAAAAAAACAAUAAACGCGGAAAUGACUUUUUAAUAAAAAAAAAAAGUCAAAUAUUUUGAAAAGAGUUUGCAUUUGUGACCAAAUAUUCAUGUUUUAUGUUUUCGGAAACAGUCGGGAAUUCAAUUAUUCUUGGACAAAUUGACACCGCCAAGUUCAAAUUUUUGCUUUUUAGUUUGUCAUAGCUGAGAAUGAUACAAUGCUUAACAGCACACAGAUAAUAUUUUCAAAAACACUCUCUAACAAUGAAUGCUCAUCUGGUUGAAAAGGGAUUAUUUGUCGCGGAAUAAAGCUCUUUUUAUACAGAUGUCUUAAUGCUUCCGUCCUAUUGCUGAUUCAUACAUGGGAAAAUCAAAGGAAUGAAAAACUUUUUUGGCAGCACAGACUUUGCUUGUGCAUGUAAAUGAAUAUACACUGAUAAGGAAGUCUUAGUGUAAGUGCUCUUAUGAAGGCAAGGUCCAAGUGAUCUUAACUUUUCGGAUGCUCAUUAAGACGAAAUAUUUCUGGCCAUAAUCAGUGGCAAGUUGCGAAAAAAAAAAACCGGAACGACUACAGUAUGAUGGAGACAACAAAUUUAACAGGAAAUGAAACACAGGCAAAAACAUUUCAAGAACUGCUAUGCUCCCCCGCUUUGGGAGGUGCAUUAAAACAACUAGCAAUAUUUUCCUCAGCAGUCAACAUUCUCCUCUCCAUCACAGCAUUUCUUGGCAAUUCUCUCAUCCUUGUUGCCCUUCACAAGGAAUCUUCCCUUCAUCCACCGUCCAAACUCUUAUACCGUUGUCUUGCUACAACUGAUCUUUUAGCAGGCCUCCUUGCGCAUCCUCUUGUUGCUUCUCUCUGGAUAUUCGUGGUUCAUGAACACUGGAGUAUUUGUCGAUUCAUACUCGGUGCAAGCUUCGUAACAUCUUAUGUAUUAUAUUCAGUGUCUUUAAUGACGACGACGGCCAUAAGCGUGGACAGACUUCUCGCCUUGUUGUUAGGGCUGAGAUACAAACAAAUUGUGAAUUUAAAGCGCAUUUAUGUGGCUCUAGCGCUUUUUUGGGUUGUCCCCGGUAUCAACACCCUAUUCUUUGUGUUUGUUCCCACUAUACCCCCUUGGUUGGGUCCUAUCAUCAUACCGUCUUGCUUAGUAAUCUCAGUCGCUUCGUAUAUUAAGAUUUUCCGCACUCUCAGUCGUCAACGGGCUCAAGUACAAGAGCAUGUUCAACAACAGUCGAGCCAACCAAACGCACUGAACAUGGCACGAUGCAAAAAGGCAAUGUACAGUGCACUGUGGGUGCAGUUAGCAUUAGUUGUCUGUUGUGUACCAUUUAGUAUAGUUUUGCUGGUAAUAACUCAUACUAAGACAUACUCACCACUUUUAAUGGUUAUUAGAGAAAUAGCAAUUACUUUUGCUUACUUAAAUUCCACUUUGAACCCGUUCCUUUACUGCUGGAAGAUCCAUGAAGUGAGACGAGCUGUAAAGCAGAUAAUCAGACAAGUGAUGUGCUGUCCAUGGAUUUAGAUUCUCUUUGAGCUGUGCUCGUACAUUUCAAUUCAAAACAAACUUAUAGAGUUAUGGCUGCUCCAAGUCAAUGCUUCUCGAAUACGUCCCUAGAUAGUAAUAGAUAUGAAGCUUGAAAAGAUCGUCGCUCGAGCGUUUGUUGGUAUUUUAUGAUUUACGUAAACAACUUAAGGGCAAGGAGUCGAGGCACUGACGAUACCUUAAGAAAAUUAUAUUUAUAUAUUUCCUGCAACAACAUUUACCGUGUACCAAGAAAAAAAAAAGAAAAGAAAGAGAAAGACAUACAGCGUUAUCAUCAGACUCAUGUACAAGAUCAUGUUCAGCAACAGCCGGCCCAACCAAAGGCACUGAACAUGGUGCGAUACAAAAAGGCAGUGUACACUCCACUGUGAGUAUAGUUAGUGUUACUUGCUUGUUAUGUACUACUUAGUGCGGUGGGAGUUGUGUUGGCUCAUAGACAAGCAAAUUUAUCUCAUUUAGUCGUCGCCCUGGGAAUAGUAAACGCCCUAGUUUAUUUCAACUCGACGUUAAACCCGUCCCUAUACUGCUGGAAGAUUAGUGAAGUGAGACAAGCUGUGAAGCUGACAAUCAGACAAGCACUUUGCUGUUUAUGGAGUUAAUAAGAUCUUCCGUUAAGAUCUUAUUAGUCGUAUCAAAGCUGGUUGUUAUUGGAUAUCGCUUGUCUGAUAAAUUAUUCAAAAGGAAGAAAUAAGGAGCUUAAUUACAUUAAUCAUUAAGUCGCGUCACAAACUGUUUUGAUAAUAUUAUUCUUAUAUUGCCCAAGAAAAACCAAAAGUCGAGGAAUCUAAACAUUAAUGACAUCCUAGGUAUAGUGACACUGUGACGAUUUAAUCUUUAAUUACUGGGCUUCCUGUGUAGUUUAGGCCCGCGCAUAUGUCAGCGGAGUUGUUGAUCCGCACAUGUCAGAGGACUUUUUUUUGAUACCACUAUCUUUAUUGAUGUUGCUGGGGUGAAGUCUUAUAUGGAUAGUCUCUUUGACCCUACGCGUGUACCAGUGGGGGUCACGAUCAAUAAACUUAACCUUGCUCCAAAUAGGAAUAUGCCCCGUUUCGUUAGGGCGCUCCGAAACCGCAGAGGUUUGAGUUCGAGCAAACCGUAUGUCUCUGUCAUGUUCUUGUAUCCUUUCUCGCAUCGAUCGCCCUGUUUCACCGAUAUACACUUUGCUGCAUUCACAUGGGAUCUUGUAAACCGGGCCGUCUUGUUUGUUUAGAACAAAUUAGUUAGAAUCAAUGAGUUGAAUGAAAUGCGUUCUUUGACUCGGUGGGGAUUACCUCUUCGGAAAGCUGUUUUCCAAACAGCGGCUGCGAAGCUCUAGAACAAAAAAUUUAUCUUUCAAAUCGGCACUCUUAGUUGUUAUUCUCCCCCACCGUCGCAGCACCACAAUUGCUUAAGAAACGAACCCCUUUAUUUUAAAAUAAUUCAGUUGAACAUUAUAAUUAAAAAGAAAAAAGUUAUAGCUAUUUUUUCUCAGUUUCGUCUCGGACUGGAAUUGGACACGAAACAAGAUAUACCGCCAACAAAAUAAUCAUCUUAUGCAAUUUAUUUUUCACUCUUAAAUUUCUCUCUUCCUUUUCCUUGCAAAUUUUCCUGGAUAAUAACAAACAAAAGUCAGCUAAUCAAGCAUAGCUAGAUCCAAUUUCUUCUCCCAUCAAGCAAGCUUUCGAGUAUAAAGCAGGUGAUUUGACUUCUUCUUGCAGCGACUCUCGUUUGUCAUCAACGAUUAUCCUCUGAUCACAAUUAAAGUUGCACUCGAAUAAUGAUGUGAACAAACUCAUUCAUAAAUCGAGAUCGAAGAUAAAGGGAUGGAUAUCAGAAAAACUAUUAACACUCGAUUGACAAUUUGUUUUCUUCUAUGUUUUAUAACUCAGGAACCUAUAGUUACUCUCGGCUAGGCGUACAGCAAGUCUUACACAUCUUAAACGCUCGCGCACAUCCUAUACGCUGAGGCAGAAACCAAUCAAAAAGUUUACAAUGUCAAAAGUGAAUGAAAGCGCUCGUUGAAACUGUGGGGUUUAAGAGUUCCGAUUUGAAAGAUAAAUUUUUGUUUUAUAGUUUUACGGCUUUCCGAACCGCCUAGAUGUAGGGGAAGGCCGCAAACUGCCUUACGCUGCAUCUCAGUUUCAGUUUUAGACUUUCCCACACACAGAGAAAAAGGUGAAAACUUAAUUAUUAGCGCUCAUAAAAGACAGGUUAUCAUUUAAAAACCGGAUUUAAAAAGUUUCCUCUUCUUAUUGUCAAAUAAGAAUAUAAUCAAUGUCUAUAAAUGUUUACCAUGUUAAUUAAUUCUAUUGUUAUUUUCUAAUUAUCCUUAACUUUACAUUCACAUAUUAAUGACAUUAAUGUUUGCUAACUGAGCUGCAGUCGCUACUCUGAAUAAACCGAGAGAUCAAAUAUAUUGACGUAAAAUCUAGGGUAAGGGAAUUGGUUCUCAGUCUUCGCCGGAUUCCAAUCAACCAACCAACUUUAGUAAAACUUUCACUUUUCUCGUUUCAGUCAUUUCUCGAGGUUUUAUUGAAGUCCAGAAUUUCCCAACACAAAGAGAGAAGAUAAAUAUUUAAUUAUCAGUGCUCAAAAAGGACAGAUUAUUUACAUAAACUGCUUCUUUAUCGGCAGCGAAAACAUGAUCAAAAAUAAUUUUGUUAUCGUAUUGUAAAAUUAGAACAAAUUCAAUCCGUGUCUAUUUUUAACACGCAAAUUAACUCUAUGGCUUGUAAUUAUCCUAAGCUUUACGGUUUGGUAAAUGGGGAAAUUAAAUCACAGUUCUCAAAAGAUUUUCUAAUUUUGCUUGUUUUUAUACCAGUUAAAUUAAAGGGGUUUGGCUGCGUAAUAUCGUGCAUCUGCUAUUACUCGUCUCAAGUUCAAGUCGGAUGUUAAAAAAAAAACAAUGAACGCGGAAAUAGCUUUUUAAUAAAAAAAAAGUCAAAUAUUUUAAGGAGAGUUUGCAUUUAUGACCAAAUAUUCAUGUUUUAUUUUUCGGAAACAGUCGGGGAUUCAAUUAUUCACGUAACAUAGUUAGUAAAUUUGUCUAACCAAAUUCAAUUGCGCGAGCGUGCUUCAUAUUCCUAUUGUGCACGCUCAUGACUUCAGCAAACAAAUCCGUCCGGAAAAAAAAUCUUCCAUCGGGUUAAAAAUGUUAUAACACAAUUGGUUCAUACAGAUGACGUAUGAACCAAUUGUUUUAUAAACUGACAUCGCCAACUUCAAGUUUUUGCUUUUUAGUUUGUCAUAGCUGAGAAUGAUACAAUGUUCAAUAGCACACAGAUAACAUUUUCAAAAAUACUCUCCAGUAAUGAAUACUCAUCUGGUUGAAGAGGGAUUGUUUGUCAUACAGAUGUCUUAAUGCUUCCGUCCUAUUGCCGAUUCAUACGUGGGAAAAUCAAAAGUGAAAAGAAAAGGAAAUUUUUUUGACAGCACAGACACUUUGUUUGCGCAUUCAAAUGAAUAUACAUUGAUAAGGAAGUCUUAGUGUAAUUGCUGUUAUGAAGGCAAGGUUGAAGCGAUCCUAACUUUUCGAAUGCUUACUAAGGCGAAAUAUUUCUUGCCAUAAUAGGUGGUAAAUUUCGAGAAAAAACGGAACGACUGCAGUGUGAUGGAGACAACAAAUUUAACAGGAAAUGAAACACAGGCAAAAACAUUUCAAGAACUGCUAUGCUCCCCCGCUUUGGGAGGUGCACUAAAACAACAAGCAAUGUUUUUCACAGCAGUCAACAUUCUUCUCUCCAUGACUGCAUUUCUUGGCAAUUCUCUCGUCCUUGUUGCCCUUCACAAGGAAUCUUCCCUUCAUCCACCGUCCAAACUCUUAUACCGUUGUCUUGUUACAACUGAUCUUUUAGCAGGCCUCCUUGCGCAUCCUCUUGUUGCUUCUCUCUGGAUAUCCGUGGUUCAUGAACACUGGAGUAUUUGUCGAUUCGUACUUGAUGCAAGCCUCGUAACGUCUUAUGUAUUAUCUUCAGUGUCUUUGAUGACGACGAUGGCCAUAAGCGUGGACAGACUUCUCGCCUUGUUGUUAGGGCUGAGAUACAAACAAACUGUGAAUUUAAAACGCGUUUAUAUCGCUCUAGCGCUAUUUUGGGUGGUCCCCAUUGUCGACACUCUAUACUUUGUGUUUGUUUCUCCUAUAACUCCAUGUUUGGGUCGUGUCAUGAUACCAUCUUGCUUAGUAAUCUCAGUUGCUUCGUAUAUUAAGAUUUUCCGUACUCUCAGUCGUCAUCAGGCUCAACAACAGCCGAGCCAACCAAGUGUACUGAACAUGGCGCGAUACAAAAAGGCAGUGUACAGUGCACUGUGGGUGCAGUCAGCACUAGUUGUCUGUUUUGUACCAGUAAGUAUAGUUUUGACGGUAAUGGCUCGCACAAAGACAUAUUCACCACUUCUAAUGGUUACUAGAGAAAUAGCAAUUACUUUUUCUUACUUUAGUUCCACUUUGAACCCGUUUCUUUACUGCUGGAAGAUCCAUGAAGUUAGACGAGCUGUAAAGCAGACAAUCAGACAAGUAAUGUGUUGUCCAUGGAUUUAGAUUCUCCUUGAGCUGGAUAGUAAUAGAUACGAAGCUUGAAAAGAUUGUAGCUCGAGCAUUUGUUGGUAUUUUGUAAUUUAUGUGAACAACUUAAGGGCAAAGAGUCGAGGCAUUGACGAUACCUUAAGAAAACUAUAUUUUUAUAUUUAGUGCAACGGUAUUUACUGUGUACCAGGAGAGAGAAAGACAUUCAGCGUUAUCAUCAGACUCAUGUACAAGAUCAUGUUCAAGAGAACCGGACCAACCAACUGCACUGAACAUGGCGCGAUGCAGAAAAGCAGUAAAUGGUACACUAGGGUUGCAGUUAGCAUUGGUGGUUUGUUAACUACCAUACGGUAUAGUGGAAACUGCGAUUACUAAAAGUGAAUUGUUACAAGACGAUUCAUUAAAAGGUCUCUUCAUUUAUUUUCACACCACUUUGAACCUGUUUCUUUACUGCUGAAAGAUUCGUGGAGUACGACAAGCAGUGAAGCAGACAAUCAGACAUACUCACUUUGUCGUUGAUAUGGAGUUAGAGAUCUUCCUCGCGGUAUAAUCGUGAUCAGAAAGACAUGAAAUCAAAAAACCAACUUUAUCUUAAGAAAGCUUGUUUUAUUCGUUAAACCUUCUUAGAAAAAUGCAAUUAUGGAGUAGAAAUUUCAAAAGGGUGGUGCCAGAAGGAGAACUAUUAAAGUCAUUUAUUUUUUCUAGCGGUAAAACAGUAUAUUUUCAAAUCAUUUAAAACGUGUGUUCAUAUAUAAGGCGCUUGACUUUGGCGCCAUGUUUCCCACACGAGCGCUGUUACGGGAAAAUUUGAUGAGUUUUCCAUGUGUUUGUUUGUAACAUAUUUACGCAUAAAAUUUUUUCGUUUAACCAUUUUUUAUUUAUCCGAGUUCUUUCGCCCCAGUAUUUAAAAAAUAUAUAGAAAAAAACCACAGCAACUUUUGAAUUGCCAACUAAUACAUUUGGUUGUUACUUUGCCUUUCAUCGUACACCUGUAUGUCGAAGCUUUGAUGACCAUUACUGUUGACAUUGCAUGUAAAUAGAAGUGUCAGUGCUUUCUCCUAUUGAAAUAUAAAUAUAAGUGUUUAUGAUCUUUCUGGAAAGUUGGUUCUUAUGGAAGUUGACAGCUGAGUUUGUGCUCGUACGCACACUUUUCUCGCGUUGUCGCUUUUCCGAACUUAACACCAACAUCGUAUAAAUAAGCAGAAAUCAUUACUACUUCUCACUUUCAUUUACUCAGCUACUCUACCGAAAUCAAGAGAGUUGUUUUUGAUAUCAGAGCUAUGAAUUUGAAUUAAGUUUGCUCUUUUUAAUGGCUUAGAGUCUAUUGUAUCCGCUUCCUUAGUUUUUAAAUUCUUUCUGAACAGAUGGAAUAUUUGAAUGAAAUCACUUAACCACGAAAUACAUUUCUCGCUCUUUCGCGACCUUAUUCAAAUAUUGCAAUUUGUGUAAUAAUAGAACCUCGCGCAAUUAUAUUGCGUAGCUUUUUCGAUUACGCUUUUGAGUACGCUACUGUUCAUGUCGCUCACAAGCAUAAACUAGAAUAAAGUUACUGUGGAACUAAACGCCAUCUAGUCCGUAAUGAGUCCACAGAAGCAGGUCCCGUGUACCAGGAAAGCGUGACGAAUUUCCGUUCCCGCAGUCAAGUGGUCUCUACCGAGCCACUUUCCCCCUUAUCGUUGUGUUCCCUGCAAAAUUCCAGUUAGCGCGAAAAAUCUAUCAUCACAGCCCGUCACAAAAUCAUUUACAGACUCGUUUUCAUACUAAGGAAAUUCUCCGGAAAGCUAAUAAUGUGCGAGAAUGCAUGUUUUUUUUUUGUUACAUAGCAAAAAUAUUUCUGUAAGGGUAUAGAGUACAAUUGAAAAACUCAGGUUUUCAAUGAGAUUGAAAAGUCCUUUAAACAUUGAUAAUUUUUCUGAAUUUAAGUGAAACAAUCAAUCACCUCCCCUUCAUGGUCACAAUAGUUUUGCCGAAGAAAAUUGAAUUUCAUCUCAUAUAAUAAAAUAGUAAUUAUGUCACGAUUGUCUUAUGCUUUGCUCAUAAUGCGAAUUCACGUCUGAAUUCAACUUAACCAAGUAGGCAAACUUGAAGUUGUGUCGCACACUAUUGUUUAGUUAUAGAUUCCAGUUUCAAUCAUAGGACACUCAUGGAUAUACAGCAUGAAUGGAAUAUCACAGAAUUGCGCGUUACCAAAUAAUUGCUUACGUUUGUCCAACAUACGAGAAAAAAAAUUUCGAAAUGCAUCAUGAAUUUUCUAUAAGGAAGAGAGCAUGUACAACUGAGGAAAAAUAAUAAUAAUAAUUGGUUGCAUAAUAGCGUGCCCUGACACUGCUUUGUUUCCAGUUUAAAAUGGAUGCGGAAAGGCACUUAUAUGCGGAAAUACUUUUUUAAUUAAAAAGCUGUGCUCAAUUAUUAUGAAAAACCUCAUUAGUUUCAUUCGCAGAUUGUUACAAAUUCAAGUUCAUCCUUCGCCGAACCUGAGAUAAUUCAAAUCUCAACUUCACUCAAAUGUUAUGUUAAAAAAUCAGUAAACUGUUGUGGUAAAUGACAACAGAAUAAUGAUGGCCAGGACAAAUUUUACAGAACGUGGAACACAAGCGAAAACAUUCGAAGAACUGCGAUGCUACCCCUCUUCGGCAGGUGGAUCACAACAACAGUCAAUAAUUUUUUCAGCAGUAAACAUCCUCUUCUCUAUCAUAGCACUUCUUGGAAAUUCUCUUAUCCUUGCCGCCCUUCACAAAGAAUCUACACUUCAUCCGCCGUCCAAACUCUUGUAUCGUUGCCUGGCAACAACUGAUCUGUUGAUUGGACUUGCAGGCCAGCCUCUCUAUGCCACUUAUUAUAUUUCAUUAGUUUACGAAGACUGGGAUCUUUGUCGUCACGCAGUUGACGCCGCUUUCAUCACAGGCUAUGCAUUAUGUGGAGCAUCUUUGUUAACGGUUACUGCUAUCAGUGUGGACCGACUCCUCGCUCUGCAGUUGGGGCUGAGAUACAAACAAGUUGUUACUUUGAAGCGCACGCAUAUCAUUCUCGCUACGUUUUGGAUUGUAUCCAGUAUUUCUGCUUUUUGCUACGUUCUAGAUCCCCAGAUAUCCUUUUGGUGUAGCUAUAUAGUUCCACCCCCUUGCCUAAUGAUCUCGGUCGCCUCAUACAUAAAGAUUUUUCGCACUCUUCGUUGUCUUCAGGCAAAAGUACAAGAUCCUAUUCAGCCGAGCACACCAAAUGCAUUAAACAUGGCGCGAUACAGAAAGGCAGUGUACAGUGCACUGUGGGUGCAGUUAACUUUAGUAUUGUGUUACCUACCGUAUAUUGUGAUGCAAAUUAAGAUUGUUUACAAUAAGAUAUAUCCAUCUCAAUCUUCCAUCAGUUUUGAAAUAGCUUAUUCCUUAGUUUACUUUAACUUGACGUUAAACCCGUUUCUUUAUUGCUGGAAUAUUUGUGAAGUGAGACAAGCAGUGAAGCAGACAAUGAGACAGGCAUUUUCCUGCGCUUGGAAUUAG